AUGGUUCAAUCAUCGAUCCUCGGUUUCCCCCGUAUGGGUGUCAACCGUGACCUGAAGAAGGCGACAGAAGCAUACUGGGGCGGCAAGCUCUCCCAAGCUGAUCUCCUGAGCGAAGCCAAGAGACUUCGUCUCGAGCACUGGAACAUCCAAAAGAAGGCCGGCGUCGAUGUUAUUCCCAGCAAUGACUUCGCUCUCUACGAUCAAGUUCUGCACCAAAUCCAGGACUUUGGAGCGGCACCCCCAAGAUAUACCACACACGGCCUCGAUCCCAUUGAUGAAUACUUUGCUAUGGGCCGUGGGCACCAGAAGGAUGGCGUCGAUGUUCCCAGUUUGGAGAUGGUAAAAUGGUUCGAUUCGAACUACCACUACGUCAAACCCACUCUACAAGACAACCAGGUUUUCAAGCUUAGCUCCAACCCAAAGGCUGUUGUCGAAUUCCUUGAGGCCAAGGAGGCUGGCAUUGCCACCCGACCUGUCCUUGUCGGCCCAGUGUCCUUCCUUCACCUUGGCAAAGCCGACCGUGGCCAGACCGUCAACCCAAUCGACCUCCUCGAGAAGCUCCUCCCUGUCUACGAGGAAUACCUUGUCAAGCUCAAGGCUGCUGGUGCCGAGACUGUCCAAAUCGAUGAGCCCACUCUCGUCUACGAUCUCCCCGCCAAGACCAAGGCUGCGUUCAAGCCAACGUAUGAGAAGCUUGCUGCUCUCGGUGACAAGAUCCCAAAGAUUGUCUUCGCCACGUACUUCGGUGAUAUCGUCCACAACAUCGAUGCUCUGCCAACAGAUGUCUAUGCUGUUCACGUUGACUUAGUGCGAAACCCAGAGCAACUUGAGACCGUCAUUGGUGCAUUGGGCGAGAAGACUAUUCUCUCUGCCGGUGUCGUUGAUGGACGUAAUAUUUGGAAGGCCAACCUGAAGCGUGCUAUUGAGACCGUUGAGACUGCCAUCCAAAAGCUUGGAAAGGAGCGUGUCAUUGUUGCCACGUCCAGCUCUCUCCUCCACACCCCCCACACGCUCGCUAGCGAGAAGAAGCUCGAUCCCGAGAUUGCCGACUGGUUCUCUUUCGCUUCCGAGAAGGCUGUUGAAGUUGCCGUGAUCGCAAAGGCUGUCACUGAAGGCCCAGCAGCAGUCCGCGAAGCUCUUGAGGCUAACGCCAAGUCAAUCCAAUCGCGCGCCAGCUCCAAGCGAACCAACGACUCCAAGGUCAAGGAUCGUCAAUCAAAGAUCACCCCUGAUAUGUACAACCGAAAGUCCGAGUUCCCCAUCCGUAUCGCUCAACAGCAAAAGGAGUUGGGUCUUCCACUCUUCCCCACCACUACCAUUGGCUCUUUCCCCCAGACCAAGGAGAUCCGUGUUCAACGUAACAGGUUCACCAAGGGUGAGAUCACCGCUGAACAAUACGAGAAGUUCAUCGAAAAGGAGAUCCAAGAUGUUGUCAAGAUCCAAGAGGAGCUUGACCUUGAUGUCUACGUUCAUGGCGAGCCUGAGCGAAAUGACAUGGUUCAAUACUUUGGUGAGCGUCUGGACGGUUAUGCUUUCACCACACAUGCUUGGGUUCAAAGCUACGGUUCCCGAUGCGUCCGUCCACCGAUCGUUGUUGGUGACAUCUCCCGACCUGCACCAAUGACCGUCAAAGAGUCGAAAUACGCCGUCUCCAUCUCCAAGAAGCCGAUGAAAGGCAUGUUGACUGGUCCAAUCACCUGCCUCAGAUGGUCGUUCCCCCGUGAUGAUGUCCACCAGUCCGUUCAGGCCGAGCAGCUUGCUCUUGCUCUUCGUGAUGAAGUUGUUGACCUCGAGGCUGCUGGUGUCUUUGUCAUUCAAGUUGAUGAGCCUGCUCUCCGUGAAGGUCUUCCUCUCCGUGCUGGAAAGGAGCGUGAGGCAUACCUCGAUUGGGCCGUCAAGUCUUUCCGUCUCUCCGUGUCCGGCGUCAAGGACUCUACCCAGAUCCACUCCCACUUCUGCUACUCCGAGUUCCAGGACUUCUUCCACGCCAUCGCCGCUCUCGAUGCUGAUGUUCUCUCCAUUGAGAACAGCAAGUCAGACGCCAAGCUCCUCAAGGUCUUCGUCGAUGAGGCUUAUCCUCGCCACAUCGGCCCUGGUGUCUACGACAUCCACUCUCCUCGUGUCCCAAGCGAGCAAGAGAUCAAGGACAGAAUCGAAGAGAUGUUGGCAUACCUCAAGCCUGAGCAGCUCUGGAUCGAUCCCGACUGCGGUCUCAAGACCCGUCAAUGGGCCGAGACCAAGGCUGCCCUGACCAACAUGGUCAACGCCGCCAAGUUCUACCGCCAAAAAUAUGCCUCCAAGUAG